CUGCAGUGAAGCUAAGAAAAAAAGCAAUUUCUCAUGCAAAGGAAAGAGCAGUUGUGUCGACACCAGCAACUUGUCUGGUUACCUUUGCCGAUGCUUACCUGGUUACCAAGGGAACCCAUACGUUGAAGAUGGUUGCCACGAUAUUGAUGAGUGUGAGAUGUCGAACCGCUGUGAGAAUGGAAAAUGCCUCAACCUUCCUGGAAGUUGGACUUGUAUAUGUCCAACGGGUUAUGUUAGCACUGAAACUGGUUGCAUCAAACUCCGUGUUGACCAUCAUUCUGGGAGUCGACGUUUCUUGCGCUAUAUGGCAACCGCUGGGAUCUGUUUAGGCCUUUCAAUUCUUCUGAUGGGAACUUGUUAUGCUGGGAUAUAUUGGGCAGUGAAAAAAGAGAAACCUCUUGCAAUCAAAAGAGAAGUUCUUUGUGCAAAAUGGUGGGCUAAUGUUACAACAACGACUCUCAGAUCUUCUUUCUUUAAGACAUCAACAUCUUGAAACAGCAAAAAUUUUCACUGCAGAAGAACUGAAAAGAGCCACAAACAACUACGAUGAAAAUGGAGUUAUUGGAGAAAGAGGCUAUGGAAAAGUUUACAAGGGAAUAUUACCAGAUGGACAAAAAGUUGCAAUAAAGAAGUCCAAAAUUGGUGACCAAUCACAGAUCGAACAGUUCAUCAAUGAAAUAACGAUUCUUUUGCAAAUCGAUCACAGGAACGUAGUUAAAUUGGUGGGUUGUUGCUUAGAGAUAGAAGUUCCUUUACUUGUUUAUGAGUUCAUUGCUAAUGGAACUCUUUUCCACCAUAUUCACGAGAAAGGAAAAGCAUCGGUUCUUCCAUGGAAGUUGAGAUUGAGGAUAGCAUCGGAAACUGCAGAGGCGCUGGCUUAUUUUCACACUGCAACUUAUACGCCCAUUAUACAUAGAGAUGUGAAGACCUCAAAUAUACUAUUAGAUGAGAAUUACACAGCAAAAGUAUCGGACUCUGGAGCUUCAAUGCUGAUUCCUACAAACCAAAAUCAGCUAACAACUUUUGUGCAAGGGACACUUGGGUACUUGGACCCUGAAUACUUCCACUCAAACCAGUUAACAGAAAAGAGUGAUGUAUAUAGCUUUGGUGUUGUCUUAGCUGAGCUACUAACAAGCAAGAAACCAGUUUCUUUCGAUAGGCCAGGGGGUGAACGAAGCCUAGCAAUGCUCUUUGUCAGUGCAGUUGAAGAGGAUCGCUUACAUCAUGUUCUUGAUGGUGACAUUGUGGACGAAGUAAAUGCUGAAGAAGUAAAGAAAGUGGCCGAUCUGGCAAAAAUGUGUUUAUGUGUGAAAGGGAAGGAAAGACCUAACAUGAAAGAAGUAGCAUAUGAGCUGAAGGGACUGAUUAACUUGGACAAACAUGGGGAAAAAGUUAUUUUUGUCGAGAAGAAAAUGAAUACUUGCUUGAUUCAUCCUUAAAGUGAUCCAUUUGUUUAUGCUUGUGUCUCAUUUUUGUUGCAAGGUUAGAAAAUAAUGAGGAUGGAAGAGGAAGAAGGGGUGGAAAAGUGAAGGGAAUUAAAAUUCCAAUCUAAAAAGUUAUGCACGAUGGUUGUUACUUAUUGAAGAAACUGAUCAGCUGGUUAUGGUUGUUGAUUGUACCUUAGCAAACGGCUCUCUCGUAUACUUUAAUUAAUAGUAAAUAGAAUUUAGAGAUGGAAGCGUCUUAGUCUUCCUCUUGUUUUCUUUCCCAUAAAUGCCUCUCUGUUUUUCUUGCUUUUCCCUUUUCUCUUAUAUUUUUAAUUCUUAAAUCUUAUAACCAAAAAAUACAGGCAAUCUGCUCCAAUGGUGGAACUUGAACCUUUGCCCUCUUGGUCAAGGUCACUUUUUAACCAACCUAUUUGUUAA